UUAUGAUCACGUUAAAUUGACAACGCUAAUGUGCUUAUUAUACCUGGUACCUAUAAUUGUGUUUAAAUAGAUCAAUUUUGUAAUUGAUUAAACAGAAAAAUGCCUCUUAAAGAUAUAAAAAAAAGCCACAAGACACCAACGACAUUAGAAAAUUUGUCAAGUAUAUAUAAAAAGUCUGAAGAUUUUUACGCUUCUCCUAAAAGUGUCAGCCUCACUUUAACUUUGAAAGGAGAUGGUCCAGGUCCAGGAGAUUGGUCUUUCCUAGCAAUAUAUGAUGGUCAUACUGUUUUAGAUGGAAAAUGGGGCGACGGAUUAGUUUUUGAAACGGAUAGUAAUUUUAUAGAUCUUAAAGAUCCUUAUUUUCAACAGAGUGCGGACAAACCUCUUAUUCUUUUGCUUCGUACUGCUAGUGGGAAGGGAGGUAAAGAUCCAGAUCCUUUGUUAAAUUUAGACAACCGAGCAGGAGCUACAGUGGAUUUGUUUCCUUUGAUGUUAGGAGAGAAAGAAAUAUUCAUUACUGUAUCAAUGGCUUGUAUAACAUCAGGACUAAAUACAAGUUGCAAAGUUCAAGUUCAUCUAAGGGCUAAAGGUACUGUAGAAAAUAUUUCAAAAGUUCCGUUGAUGCUUACGAUGAUAUCUGCACAUUGUCUUCCUCCAGCUAGUGAAGGUACUGUUUAUGUAUCAGCUAUUAGUUUAGAUGGCAUUUUAGAUCAAUUAGCUGUUAAUUUUGGCAUGUCUUUGAGCAAUUCUGCUGCUACGAAAAUCAUGUGGGCAUCAUCAAGCAAUAGCGGUCAAGCAGCCAAUACGGUUAUUAAUGUUCCAAAUGAAGAUAAAUUUAUUCCUUCUGAUUUGAAGUUGUUGAAUAACGAACAAUGCAAUUCUGUUUAUUGGAAUGCUAUGAAACGCGUUCUUGUAAAUCCUUCCCUGUUACGCCAGAGAUUAUCUACGCCAUUUCUCUUUGAAAUAGCUGGCGUACCUCGUUUUGGGAAAGUAGAUGUUCGUGGUCGCUAUAUGGGGUUUAUUGACGCAGGAGUAUUACUAGAACCAGGUCAAUACGGUGUUACAGUUAGUGCUAAAUUACUAUUUUUUAAUGAAAAUAAUCUUCCAGGCAAUGUUCGUCCAUUAUUAGAAUUACCGCCCACUAGUGCCAAAGUUAGUGUUCGUGAAACAGAUAUUGUUACUGAUGUAUUUGGCCAUAACGCGUAUAUUGUUCUUAGAUUUGACUUAACAGAACCGCUUACACCAAAUUCCAAAAUUGCAUGUCUAUUCGAAACAAUUGGGUUUCCAUCUCUCGAAGGUUCUUCAGUACCUGUUAAUGAGUUAGAAUCGAAUUCAUUACCUGAAGAUACUGUGGUCGAUGUAAGACGAGUACGUAAUGAAUGCGGUGCAUUAGCCGUUCAUAAAGAAUUAAGCGACUUAGCAUGUAAAAGUGCAGUAUCCAUGAACCAAGGUAUUAAAAGGACCGCAGCUAAUCGUCUAUUGAUGCGAGUAAGAGCAAUGCUUAAACAAUUUCCUCCAGGGGACUGUUCAUAUAUUGACUGGCAAGAUAUAGUGACAGGUCAACACGCCGCAUGUAGACGUGCCGUGACAUCAUCAUUUGCGCCGAAGUCUCUUCCGUUGCGACUUCCUGCGCGUGUAGCUGCAGCAAGAUGUCGAUUAGCAGGUGAUAGCAGAAUUGCAGGUAAACACUUAGAAAAUAGUUUAAAAGUAGUUAGAUCUCACCCCAGGUCUUUACUUUCAAAGGCUCUAAGGUGUUUAGAGGAAAGAAAUGACACAGAUGCUCGAAAUUAUAUUCUCGAAGCUUUAAGUAGUCAACCAAGAAAUCGAUUCUUAUUAUGGAUCUUCGGAGCUCAGGAAUUUGCUAAAGGUCCUGAGGCCGCUGAUAUUGCGGCUGCAGCUUUUAGAAUUGCUGUAAAAGGUGAUUAUUCUGAAGGCAUCACAAAUGCUAUUGGAUGGGCAGCAUUACACGCCUUAUAUCAUUUCAAUGAAAAUCCCUAUGCUGCUUUUGUAGCUAUAAAGAAAAUGAGGAAAUCAUAUGAGCUGCCAAAAGAAUGGAAGGUAUUUCUCCAGCAGUGGCUAGAAAUUAGCGGAGAAAAAGAAGUUUUCUGGAUACCAGCCGUGGUAGCAUCACAUAAUUCUCUGCUGGUUGCAGCAGCUUUUUUUCUUUGUUUACGUUGCUUUGCAUUCAGCGAACAGAUUUUGCAGUGUUUUGAGUUAGGUUGUGCGACACGGGGCUCUCGACUUGGACUGACAACAAAAAUUACCCCUGAUCUGUACUAUAUACGAGCGGCUUCUCUUCUUUUAAGACGUGAACUAAAGGAGGCACUAGAGGUAAUAAAAGAAGGAGUGAAAAGAUUCGGUCCUAGCGCUAUUAUGUCCCAGAUACAUCUUUCAUGUUUAACUUGUAUACGAGGUUGGGAUGAUGAAUGUGAAAGCGCGUUAAAUGAGACAGAAAAAGCAGGCGGAGAGCAGUGUCCCGCUGUUCUUUUACGAGCAUCUGUUGGAAUGUUCAAGACGAAUCUUGAAACAUCACUCCAACGAGCUGCUCGCGCUCAUAAAAUAGCUCCGAGUGCUCAUUCAGCAUUGAUUAUAAGUCGAAUUUAUAUGAAACUUGGUGAAGAAAGUUUAUCAGAACGCUGGGCUUCAGCCGCUGUCAAAUUUGAACCAUUGCUAGCUGAUGGUUGGGCAGUUUUGGCUUUAUUAGCAAUGUACCAAAGAAAUUUGGAUAAAGCGAAGACCAUGUUACGGACAGCGAAACAAGUAGGCCCACUCAGUUCAGAUAUACAAGAAGAAGUUAAUAAAGUUAUGAAGAUUGUUAAAUUAGAAACUUUGCCAGAUUUGCUAGUAAAAAAUGUAUGUUUCUGUGAAUAUUAUUAAUUUGAAAUGAAUUUCUUUUAAAUAA